AUGGGGGUGGCUCUGGCCAAGUCGGCCCAGUGGAAGGCAGCCGCAUUGGGGACUGGAACCCUGGAGAUCACCCCACUGAAUGAGUCGAUAUUGAAAGAGGUUAUUAAGUUUGUGGAGACGUUUGCUUAUAAACAUCCCCAGGAGGCCAACUUUGUUUUCGUGGAACCACUUGAGUGGAAAACCAAUUUGGAGCCCUCCGCAUUUGAUGCGGGCUACAUUGUCAGUGAAACAACAGUCCAAUCAGAAGAAGUUGAUCCGCAUACACAGCCUUUAUUAGAGCUGUGUGGACCACAGAUCAAGGUGAGAAGCUUUGGCCAACUGUCACAAGUGUUGCGCAUCGCCCAAGGUACACAGCUGGAGGAAGCCCAAGCAUGUAUUGAAGCUAACAGAGAUCCUGUAGUAAAGAUUCUGGGUGCAGAAUAUGGUACAGGAAAAGAAGAAUCCAUGGCUCUGAGUAUUCUUGGUUCCAUUACUGGCGACGAUGAGGAAAGUCAGAUUAAGAUGAGUCUUGCCAUCCUACUGAAGCAACUUGAUCUGCACCUGCUCAAUCACUCCCUCAAACACAUUGAGCUAGAAAUACACUUAAACCCUGGAACUGUUAAGGAAGAUAUAGAACUGCUGAGGAGCUGUUCAGGGAAAGGAGACCAUACGGCCUUGGAAUCUAUCGAAUAUACCUCAGAUUAUGAAUAUUCAAAUGGAUGUCGCGCUCCACCUUGGAGGCAAAUUCACGGGGAAAUGUGCUACGUGCUAGUCAAGCCACACGAUGCGGAAAUUUUGUGCAUUACUUGCAGCGCAGAAGGAGUAUUCUUAAAUGGCGGCAAAACAGAAGAUGAGGGAGAAAUUGAUUAUGAGAGAAAAGGUGAAAUUUACAAAGACCUUGUUGAAAUUUUAAGAGACAAAUCAUCAGUAUUUUCAGAAAACAUGUCUAAACAGGAGAGUAAACUCAGCGAAGAACAACAAAGUAACACCAAUGAAACCUCGCAGAAGGAUGAAACAUCUACCUCCCAGAAAACUGCAGCUAGUUCAGACAUCAGUAAACUAGAGAAGACCCAAAUGGACUUUGAGAAGAGUCAAAUGACUAAGAGAUUGCAGCCAAGCUUAAACUGGAAGACCUCUGUGGAUUUAAAAGAACACAGAGGCUCUUUAAAAGACACUCAGGAGGAAAAACAUGGAAAGGCUCGUGCAUCCGUGUCCCUUGGAAGAGCACAGUUACUUCGCAAGAGCAUUGACAAGAUCGAGGAGACCAUCAGCGAGAGCUCUUCAGAGAGCGAGGAAGACGAAGAACCUGCAGAUCAUCGCCAGGAAGCCAAUGCAGAUUUGCCAUCGGAAUACUGGCAAAUCCAGAAGUUGGUGAAAUAUCUAAAGGGUGGAAACCAGACAGCCACAGUGAUUGCUUUGUGUUCAAUGAGGGAUUUCAACCUAUCCCAAGAGACCUGUCAGCUGGCCAUCCGAGAUGUUGGAGGCCUCGAAGUUUUAAUCAAUUUGCUUGAUACAGACGAAGUCAAAUGUAAGAUCGGUUCAUUAAAAAUCCUGAAGGAAAUCAGUCAUAAUCCUCAAAUCAGACGUAAUAUUGUUGACCUUGGGGGAUUACCAAUCAUGGUUAGUAUCCUCGAUUCCCCGCACAAGAGUCUGAAGUGUCUGGCGGCUGAAACCAUUGCGAACGUUGCCAAGUUCAAGAGAGCACGGCGGGUGGUGCGGCAGCAUGGCGGCAUUAACAAGCUGGUGGCUCUGUUAGACUGUGGACAGAAUUCAACUGAGACCUCUCUGCCAAGUUUGUAUGAAACUAGAGAUGUGGAAGUGGCUCGCUGCGGGGCCCUGGCCUUGUGGAGCUGCAGCAAGAGUCACUCGAGCAAGGAGGCCAUCCGCAAGGCUGGGGGCAUCCCUUUGUUGGCACGGUUGCUGAAGACGUCUCACGAGAACAUGCUCAUCCCGGUGGUGGGCACCUUGCAAGAAUGUGCAUCUGAGGAAAACUAUCGCGCUGCCAUCAAAGCAGAAAGGAUCAUUGAAAACCUUGUGAAGAACCUGAAUAGUGAGAAUGAGCAACUUCAGGAGCACUGCGCGAUGGCCAUCUACCAGUGUGCUGAAGAUGAGGAAACACGUGACCUGGUUAGGCUGCAUGGAGGACUGAAACCGCUGGCCAGUCUACUGAAGAAGACAGACAAUAAAGAACGGCUAGCUGCUGUCACGGGGGCAAUAUGGAAAUGCUCCAUCAGCAAGGAGAAUGUAACCAAGUUUCGGGAAUACAAAGCCAUCGAAACCUUGGUGGGACUCUUAACGGAUCAGCCCGAGGAAGUGCUUAUCAACGUGGUCGGGGCUCUGGGGGAAUGCUGCCAGGAGCACGAGAACCGAGUCCUGGUCCGGAAGUGCGGUGGCAUCCAGCCACUGGUCAACCUCCUGGUGGGGAUAAACCAGGCUCUCCUGGUGAAUGUCACCAAGGCAGUGGGCGCCUGCGCGGUAGAGCCGGAAAGUAUGAUAAUAAUUGAUCGCUUGGACGGAGUUCGUUUGCUGUGGUCCUUGUUGAAAAACCCCCACCCGGACGUGAAGGCCUCGGCAGCGUGGGCGCUGUGCCCCUGCAUCCAGAACGCCAAGGAUGCUGGAGAAAUGGUCCGUUCCUUUGUUGGUGGUCUGGAACUUGUUGUCAAUUUGCUGAAAUCGGAUAACAAGGAAGUGUUGGCAAGUGUGUGUGCCGCCAUCACCAACAUAGCGAAAGAUCAAGAAAACUUAGCAGUUAUUACCGAUCAUGGAGUUGUCCCUCUACUGUCAAAGCUGGCAAACACGAAUAAUGACAAAUUGAGGCGUCACCUGGCCGAGGCGAUUUCCCGUUGCUGCACCUGGGGUAAAAACAGAGUGGCUUUUGGGGAGCACAAGGCAGUGGCCCCGCUGGUGCGCUACCUGAAGUCCAGUGACACCAAUGUCCACCGGGCCACGGCGCAGGCCCUGUACCAGCUGUCAGAAGACGCGGAUAACUGUGUCACCAUGCAUGAGAACGGCGCGGUGAAGCUUCUCCUCGACAUGGUUGGGUCCCCAGAUGAGGUGCUCCAGGAGGCAGCUGCCGGCUGUAUAUCCAACAUCCGCAGGCUGGCCCUCGCGACAGAGAAGGCCAAAUACAACUGA